CCUCCUUGAAGAGUUAUGGCAAUAAUUUAACUCACAAUAUCUGGCAGCCUCAGAGAACAAACGCUACCACAAUUUCUCCCAGCUGCUCAUUGUGUCAUCAGCAUCCUCAACUACAGGAGAUCAGCGAUGGCUUCUCCAGGUGUUUGUAUGUUGCUGCUGCUGGUCAUGACCACAGUGGCUACUGACAUGGAAUUAGAAGAAAUGUCGCACAGCACAGCAAUCCUCGAUGAUACUGACACGUCAGUCCUAGAUAACGCUGACACCACAAUCCUGGAUAACACUGACACUGUAAUCCAAGAUGACGGUGACACCUCAAUCCUAGAUGAAGAUAACACCACAAUUGUUGGUGACUCCGCCACCAUCAUGCUCAGUGACACUGAUACUACUUUCGACGAUGUCCUCACAAGUACUAACACUUCUGCAACAUCCAAUGUCACCACCCCAGCAGCACCUGCUAUCAUUACAUCUGACUCUGUGCCCGCUGCUGCAGCUAAUGCGAGCACUACAGACUCCAGUACGCUCACUACAACCAAAUCUACGACUACAAGUACCCCUACACCCAAUGCAGAGACUACUACGCCCAUUACAACCAUCAACACACCCACUGCUUCCUCUAGUGAAGCUUUCACUAAAUCCACUGAGGCCUCUGCAGCCCCGGAAACAGCUUCUGCUACGCCCACUGCUGACAAUGCUACACUCACUUUGGCUGCAACAAAUCCCACUGGUCACUCGUGUCGUCAACCAGGCGUUGAAUAUCCCAUCGGUAUAAGUUAUGAAGAGCUGCGGGAGGCGCUGGAGGUGGGCAAUGUACUGCUGAUUGAUGUACGAAAUAGGUGGGAGUUGGAGGAGACAGGUAGACUGCCCUGGAGUGUCAACCUGCCCCUUCCAGAGCUAGAGCAAGCUAUCCACAUGAGCGAAAACGACUUCAUGAAGAAAUAUGGUUUUCCGAAGCCACUGCCUGAGGACACAAAUGUAGUGUUGACCUGUCGCUCAGGUCGACGUGCCACGGUCGCUUGGAAACAACUGGAGCCGCUGGGUUACUGCAAUAUUAGGGUAUACUUUGGAUCCUACCUAGAGUGGAAGGCUCGUGGAGGUCCACUACUGCCUGUUGCCAGAACCUUGUGAGAAAUGUACCCCCAUCUCACUAAACAUUUAUCCCACACCUCAUCCAACACUCCCUUACCUCCACAUUCUCUCAUCACACUCCCCGCUAGGCCUACUGAAAUGAUAGAUUUACUAAGCACCCAGUAGUCAUUCUCUUGGAUAGUCAGCAGAUUAUAGGCCAUCAUUGAGUCAAAGGACUGGCAUUGACUAUGUUAGGUUUAAGGGGUACCCACUACACAAGUCAUUAAAGCACUGUCAAGAGUACUUUAAUCCCUAAAAUAGUAAUUAAGAAUUUAAGUAAAAUUAGUUAUAACAGCUCCCACUUUUGCAUUGUCACUUUAGUAUGAAUGUCAUAGGUAUUCUUACUCUCCUCAAAAUUAUAAUUAUAAUCAUGGACAAGCUCUAAACCCGUAGGAUUAUACAGCGUCUUGGGGGGGGGGGGAGGAUGGAAGGUAUUUAUGCUUAAUUCAGGGAACUGGAGCAGAUCAAGAGCCCCUCACCAGCGUCAAGAAACCUCCCAUGAGGGGACUCCUCAGAAUUUUUUAACGUUAGUAUUUUAGUCUUUGUAAGUGCAAAUUUAUUGUUAUAGUGUGCUGUUCACUGUCAACCCACACUUCACAUGCAUUUCUCUUCAUUUUUUAAUACAAAAUAAAUUGUAUUAUUUUUCA